AUGCAGCAGGUACGGGCUUGUGCUGCUUUCCUCCUGCUGUGUGUCGUCUCUUCCAGUGCUGUGUCAAAAACCAAACAGGAAAACACAAAGGAGGAUUCAAAGGAUGCUGGCCAAAGUGACCUAAGCUUGGCAACAGAAUACCUUGAGCAAUUCUACAGCCUGGAGGAUGAAUCAGCUGGUCGCCCCAAGAGGAGCAGUGACUCCAUCGGAACGAAGGUGAAAGAGAUGCAAAGGUUUUUCAGACUCAGCGAGACAGGGAGUUUAGACAAUGAAACCAUUGAAGUGAUGAAGACACCUCGCUGUGGGAUUCCUGACGUGCACAACUACAGCCCAAGCGGUCAACAAGCCAGGUGGCACAAGAGUGUCAUCUCUUACAGCAUUGGAAGCUAUACGCAUGAUUUGCCUGCCUCAACGGUGGACCAUCUCAUCGACUCUGCACUGAAAGUUUGGAGUUCUGUGAGUCCGCUGUCGUUUGUCAGAUCAUAUUCUCAGAAUGCAGACAUUAGGGUUCAGUUCGGCGCCUACGCUCACGGAGACUUUGUUCCCUUCGAUGGGCCGGGGGGUACUCUGGCUCAUGCCUAUAGUCCCGGGGAAGGAAUCGGAGGGGACACUCACUUUGAUGACGACGAAACCUGGUCAGCUGGGUUCCAAGGAUUCAACCUUUACCUGGUCGCUGCACAUGAGUUUGGUCAUGCUCUGGGAUUAAGUCAUUCGAGAUACGAAGGAUCGCUGAUGUACCCAACGUAUAGAAAACGGAACACAGCAGGAAAUAUCCUCUCCAGUGAAGAUGUUGCUAAAAUACAAGCUCUGUACGGACCUAGAAGAAAUCUACUAUACUAUUUCCCAAGAUAUGACAGGAGGUCAUUAUUUUAUCCAUGGAUGCUGAACUCUGAUGUUCCACAAACGAGGAAGGAAAAAUGUGACCCUGAUCUGUCUUUUGAUGCUGUGACUACACUGGGCCAGGAUGUACUACUUUUGAAAGACAGAUACCUAUGGAUUAGACAUGGACAGCUUCCUGAUAUAAAAGAAGGACUCAUCAAUAACUUCAUGCCAAGAAUUUAUUCAAACAUCGAUGCUGCAUACUCACUACCCAGGAGAAAGUUCACUUAUCUUUUUAAAGGAUCGAAGUACUGGACUAUCAAAGGUCCUCAAGUGAAAGGGAGCCCCAAGUCCAUCUACAACCUGGGAUUCUCACAUCAAGUGAAGCAAAUCGACGCUGCUGUGCAUCGAAAUGAAGCAGGGAAUACUUUAUUCUUCAUCAAAGACUUGUACUGGAGUUACAAUGAAACUGCCAGAGCCAUGGAGGAGUUUUAUCCCCGAAACAUCACUGAUGACUUUCCAGGGAUAAGCACCAAAAUAGAUGCGGCUGUGGAGAAAAAUGGAUUCCUUUAUUUCUUCUCAGGAUCAGAAGUGUGCAAGUAUGACUACAAGCAGAAGAAAGUGACCGGAAUUGAGAAGGCAAAUACUUGGCUGGGUUGCUGAGACAAGAAGAUUUAAAGUAGUUAUAUAAGAGAAACUUUUUAUAGAGCUUCCUGAUUUUACAUUAAGAAUUAUAUAGCUGUACACUAGACAUCAUGUAAAAAUACAAUAUUUUUUGCUGCUUUUAGAGAGUUACAUCUGUAUGUUUUUAUUCCUAUACUAGAAUCCAUACCUUCACUUCCAACAGUCUGCUGAACUUUCAGAUAUCACUGUCUAUCUAAAUAACGCCAGGAGUUUGAUUGUGUUUAUUCCUUAAGAAAUGUAGACGAUAUUAAAUAUUUUAAAAUAGCAACCGUGAAAAGUGCUGUUGGCAGGAAAUCUUUGGCUUUUGCUGCCCCUCAGACUGGAAUAAACACCCAACAGGACUCAGGCCCACAGUGUCAGUUUCUCAUGGAUAGAUUGCACAA